GCAAUGGGUUCCAGCAUAAGGAUAUGGCCAUCACCAUGGUCUCUUCCCCUGCACUAGUUUUCCUAGUUGUAGUAGCCUCCUUCCUCUGCACCUCAACUCGGGCUCAACACUCUUCGUGCGACAACAGCUUCUCCUUCUUCGAAGAAGGCAUAGCCGGAAACGUAACUCACUGCAGGAAACUCCGCACCCUCGGCGCGGAGCUCGGGUGGAGUUACCACAACACCACGCCAAACGUGACGCUGAACAUUGUGUUCAGCGCCAUACCUUCCGCUGCCGGCGGCUGGGUGGCGUGGGGCCUGAACCCCGGGAACAGGCCCCAGAUGGUGGGCACCAGGGCCCUCAUCGCCCUCCGCCCAGCCAACGGGACGCUGGCGAUGAACACCUACAACCUGACCCGCGACACCAUGCUUGGCUGCAAGCUCCAGCCUUCUCCCAUCGAGGUGCAGGUGUGGAACAUGCAAGCCAACUACUCGGAGGAGACAGGCGCCAUUACCAUGUCCGCGACGCUCAGCCUUGAUCCCUCCACCUACAACAUAAGCGAGCUCAAGCAUGUGUGGCAAGUCGGAUCCUCUGUGGUCGACCAGGUGCCGCAGAAGCACCGUAUGAGGUUGAAGAACUUCGAUAGCUUCGAGGUCAUCGAUCUCACCACCGGGCGCGGGUUCAGGGACACAGGACUUACGAAGCAAAGAGUCGCUCAUGGUGUACUGAGCGUGAUUGGCUGGGGGAUCCUGCUGCCGGUCGGGGUAAUAAUCAAAAGGUACUCCAGGAACAUCACUAAGAAUCCGGAGGUGUGGUUCAUGCUGCAUAUAUCAUUUCAGAUCUCAGGGUACACUGUCGGCGUCACUGCGUGGGCCAUUGGGAUUGCACUGAUGAGUAAUUCCCGGCACUUCAACACCUUCAAGGGCCACAGGACAAUCGGCAUCAUCAUCUUCUGCUUGGCCACGUUGCAAAUUAUGGCAUUGUGGUUGAAGCCAAAGAAAAAGUAUGAAGGGGGCAAAACUAUUACAGAUAGACCCAGAAAAUACUGGAGCAUCUAUCAUCAUCUUGUUGGCUAUACGUUGAUAACUCUUAGCAUAGUGAACAUAUUCAAGGGCUUCGCCAUCCUGCGGCCACCACCAGUUUGGAAGUGGAUUUACGUGGGAUUACUGGCUGCUCUUUCCUGUGUGGCUUUUGGAUUGGAGGUUGCUAUUUGGGUGCAUAAAAGUCGAAAUAAUAAGAAAACAUCACGAUGAAGCAAUGGCUUCGUUCUGCUCUUCUUUGCCUUUGCUUCUCUUCCUAAAUUUUCUUUUCAUGGGGGUGACGACAUGUUGGUGUCUAUUUGAAUGAGACAAUAUGAUGUUUGUGUG